AUGCCUCACGCAGAAUCACCAACCCCUGAUGCCCCUCCCACCCUCAACGGUGUUCAACUACACGUCAACAAUGACCUCCUCUCCGCCAACGAAGUCGAGCCCCUCAUCCAAUCCCACCUCACAGAAGACUUCGACGUCCUCCGCCAACGCUAUCGCCAACAUGGCUACCUCCUCAUCAAGGGCCUCAUCCCCCGUGAAGAUGUCCUCUCCGCACGAGAAUCAUAUUUCAACUCUCUCGCGCCCUCGGGUAUGAUCAAGCCCGGCACAUCCCCGCGAGAAGGCAUCUUCGAUGACGCAAAGUCCGCCACGGAUUACCCCGGCAUCGGCGCCGGUAGCGCCAAGAACGCGGCGCCAGGCGAGACGGACCGCUCCGAAAUCUUCACAUCGGCGGCCCUAAAAGCGCGCACCGAAGACUGGCACGCCGGCUCUGAGGACGGCUCGGUCCGGGGCUUCUGCAACCACCCUGCUCUCCGCAACUUCGUCGCCGAGUUUACCGGCUGGGGCGACGAGAACACUCUGACGGUGAAGCGUACGCUCCUCCGCAACAACACACCGGGAAACAAGGCCAUUGGCGUACACUACGACCAAUCCUUCAUGCGCUACGUCGAGCCGACGUCCGUAACGGCGUGGGUGCCAAUCGGCGACGUCCGGCUCGAGGGCGGCGGAUUGAUUUACAUGCAAGACGGCGAGAAGCUGGGCGAGGAGAUCGAAAAUGAGUUUACGACGAAGGCGAAAGCCGCGGGAAUGAGCGACGAGGAGACGAAGAAUGCGUUCAACUCGAACAUGAUGAGCACGGGGUUCCUAUGUGAUGGGCCAGCGGAUUUCGGGCGGGGGUAUGGAAAGAAGUGGCUGGUGAGCGCAUAUGAGGCUGGUGAUGUUGUGUUCCAUUCAGCACACAUGAUCCAUGCUUCGACCAAGAACUACGACCCCGAAGGGCGCAUCAGACUUGGAACGGACUUGCGCUUUGUUGACAAGCGCCGUCCAUGGGAUACUCGCCGGGAUAAGCACUACAACUUCAAUGAUGGUGUCUAG